UCUUCCAUCAUCAGUGUAUGCAGGUGUGUCAUUUUGUUUUCUUUGGCUAUUUUACCAUCAACUAUCCUUUGUGCACAAUACUGCACAUAUAUGACCCGAUGCGACCUUAGAACAAGCCCCUGUGUUACUUUUCCGUACGUUUCUUCAAAACGGUAUCUAAGUCCCUUUGUUAAUUCUUGUCUGUUACUUGCGUUUUUUUUCUUUCUUUUCCUUCUUCCUUUCUUACUCUCUUUAUUGUGUUUAUCCGAUAGAUGAAAUGGAGAACCAGACACCCAAGCCAUGCACACCCGAGCCAUGCACUCAUACAGAGCCAUUAAGUGACGUACGCGUGUCCGACAACACCAUGUCGUUAACGUUACAGGAACUGCCACAGCUGCAUUAUGAUGAAAGGACAGAGGGUACCCUUGUCGAUUUGGGGAUCUCCAUAACAGACAGUGGGGUAGUGGUGUCAUCAGUGCCAUUAGACGGCAGUCUCGACAUGGACAUGGCAGAUAUUGCGGACAAUAUCGGGGCGUCACCACCGGAUCCCUUGCCAAAUGCGUCCUCAUCCGACACGUGUCCCCCGGAGCUGGCAUUAGCUGCCAUUGAAUGCAGUAUAAGUCAGGCAAAAAAGCCCAGUAUGAAAAAGCUCUCUCUGCUGGUAUUGAUGUGGCUGGUGACCGUACGUUCCAGGCUUGGAAGACGUAUAAAGUUAAAAUGUGUCCACAGAUCACACAGUCUUCAGAUUCGUGGCUCCUGGAGGUGCCAUCUGUACCGCUACAUAAGAAACCAACAACCACAACAAAAGGCGGUUACUUUGUGAUAUCAUGCGGCAUAAGGCAUUUGAAGAGAAAAAAAUCGCGGAAAACAACAAGUUGAUAAAACUAGAGGGAAAAAAAAGCGCGCGCUGCCAAACGGCUUGCGGCAAAGAAAUCGACAACAGCAAAAUUAAUUAUGAAAUUGGAACCGGAUUAAAUAUGUCUUAUUUAUUUUUUAUGAAACCUAAAU